AUGAUUGACACAUUUAUAUACUGGAAUUUUAAGGGAAGUAAGGGACGUACUAACAUACUAAGGAUAUCAUUACCAUGUAGUUAUAGCACAAUAAAAAAUAAAAUAUUAGAAGUAGCCAAUUUAAAUUUACAAAAUAGUUUAGAUAUUCUUUUAUAUCAUAAUAAUAGAGUUUUAAAUGAAUAUGAAAGUAUAUAUAAUCAAAUGUUUAUUGAAGUUCAACGAACUAGUAUUGGUGUUGCAAGAGAUUUAUUACAAAAUAGUAACAAAACAUAUUUGGAAAAAAAUAAAAAUGUAAGUCCUAUAAAUAAUAAUAUUAAUGAUAGAUCACAUAUAUAUGAUCAAAAUGGUCAGCCAAAAAAUAAUAAAUACUCGCAAAGGUAUGAUAAUAAUACCGUUCCUUCCCCUACAUCUACUCCACCAAUUAAUUCUCGUAACAAGCCAUGGAAUGUUUAUAACAGAAAUAGCUAUGGUUCUAGUGAAAAAAAUAAUGAUGAUGAAGAUAUGAAAAUUCAAGAAAUUAUGGAAAGUAAUAAUGUAUAUAAUUCAGGAUAUAGAGGUCGAAUGAAUUAUUACAAAAAAGAUAAAAUCAAUCCUAAUUUAUAUCAAUAUAAAUUAAAAAGAAUAUCAAAUUCUCCGAAUAUAAAAAAAGGCACUGGUAUUCAAAAGGGAAUACCAGGAUCUACAUACAAUCCCAUGAAUAACAAUGCAUAUAAUUUUAAUAAAUCGGAUCAUGGAUCAGUUGCUGGCGGGUUAAAUCGUCAAAGACUAAACAACAAUGAAGGAUAUAACAAAUAUGAUAAAAAUAAAACCCAACAUUGGUCAAAUAAUAGUUAUGGAAAUAAUAAUACUUAUCAAACUUCCGAACCAACCAAUGAAUAUGUACAUCCAGAUUAUAUAUGUCAUAUGUGUGGAAAAAAAGGGCAUAGUAUAAAAAACUGUACAAUGAGUGCAUUUAAUAAUAAUAAAAAAAUAAAAGUUCCGACUGGAAUUCCAGCGAAUUUUUUGACAAAAAUAAGUGCAGAAGAUAUUUAUAAAUAUGAUCAAAUAUAUAUAUUAAAAGAUGGUAGUUAUGGUAUAUUAAAAAAUGUUGAAGAAGUAAGUGGUAGUGCAUAUUUAUACAGAAGUGUCGACGAUAAAUUAAAUAUAUACUUAGGAGUGAACGAUAAAAACAAAGAUGAAAAUAAUAAUAUUAAUAAUGUAAAUAAUAUUGAACAUAGUACAAACAGAUACGGAUCAAAUAAUAAUCCUAUAAAUAAUGUAAAUAAUGAAUCUGAUAAAAUUUCAAAUAUAUAUAAAUGUUUAUUAUGUAAAAAAUUAUAUACAUCUCCUGUUACAUUACAUUGUUGUGGUGAAACAUAUUGUAAACCUUGUAUAUUUAUAUAUAAUAAGAAAAAUAAAAAUGAUUAUUCUUCUGUUCAAUCUAUAAAAUGUCCAAACUGUCAUAAAUAUGUUGAAACUAAUGAAUUAAUUAUUAAUACAAAUAUUAAAAAUGUGAUUGAUACAAUUUUAAAAAAAGAAACAGCUGAAAAUACACUUGAUAAAACAAACCAAGAACAAAAUGGAAAAAUGUUUCGAGAAAAUGUAAACAAAAUAGACAAUACCUCCAACAUUAUAAAUAAAGAAUUUCUUAGCAAUUCCAAUCCUAUGCUAUCUCAUAAAAUGUUUAAUACAAAAGUAAAUGAUCAAAAUUUUAUUGCAAAUAUAAAUGAAGUCAAAAUAGGAAAUAGUGAUGAAAAUUAUAAUUCACUAUCCUAUUUAAAUAAUUUGUCUGGAAAUGCUUACUCUAAUAAUGUUAGCGGCUUAGAAAGAAAUAAUGAAAAUAAUAUAACCUUUGGAUUUAAUCCUUUAAUUAAUAUACCGAUAAAUUUACAAGAACUUAAAAAACAACAUGAUUUUGCAAUAGCUUAUAUUUCUAAAUAUAAAAUGGAAAAAGGAAUAAAAAGAAAACGAAAAAAUAUUGAGCUUACCAUGUUACUAGCUAGUAAGAAGGUGCGAUAA